UGUCAGCCUGUGCGAUUAUAUGACGGGAAAUGUUGCGAUUAUAUUAAAUAAAUAAGUGUGUGGACUUAAACACACAUUUUCUGAGAACAGUUUGCCGAUUUUUCGUGCCGCUAACAAAACAAACAAAAAAAGAUGAAAAAAAAAAAGAUCUGACAGUCUAUCAGUAUAAGCAAGUGCACGUGUGGCGUGCGUGUUCACUUUUGUGAGCAGCGCUGAGAGACCAGAACGAAGAUGGAUGCCGAGGAGACUGAUCUGGUAGCCAAAAAAAACUCUACCUCUGUUAUAUGGCGAUAUUUCGGAUUUGAGAUUACUGACACUGAGCAGAGAGAUGUACUGUGCAAGAUUUGCAAAAUUAAAGUCGCUACAUCACGUGGCAAUACGACAAAUUUAUAUCAGCACCUGAAACAGCACAGAGAAAAAUAUGAUGAAUGCAUGACGAUGAAAACCCAGAUUAGUAAAGAGACAGGUGAAGGAAACAAGGCACAAGCUGUUCCCCGAACAAAACAAUGCGCAAUUACAGAUGUGUUUGCAAGUCUCACGCCAUAUGAUAAGUCUUCGCAUAGACAUAAAGAAAUCACCGACUCCAUAACCUACUACUUGGCAAAAGACAUGACGCCCAUACACACCGUAAGUAAAGUGGGAUUUCAGAAAAUGAUCCGCACACUGGACAAGAGGUACCAGCUGCCCUCUCGAAACUAUUUCUCUCAAGUAGCGAUACCUAAACUUUAUAACUCGCGCCGUGACGAAGUUCAAAAGGAAAUGGCUUCGGUGACGUUCUUUUCAACCACUACGGACCUGUGGUCAAGCAGGACAAGUGAACCGUAUAUUAGCUUGACUGUGCACUUUGUCAACGAGGAGUUUGAAUUGAAAAGCCGCUGCCUUCAAACAUCGUAUUUCCCCGCCGACCACACAGGAGAGAACAUAGCCUUGGGCUUGAGAGAGGCACUGGCUGCGUGGGACCUCUGUGAGGAGCGUCAGGUCGCCAUCACUACAGACAACGGCACCAACAUUGUCAAAGCAGUGGAGCUUAAUCAAUGGACUAGAAUCCAGUGUUUUGGGCAUAGACUUCAUUUGGCCAUUGAAAAUGCUCUGAAAGAUAAUGCACAAUGCAUUAACAGAGCUACUGGGAUAUGCAGGAAGAUUGUGGGCCACUUCUCCCAUAGUUGGAAGAAAAGAGUGGCCUUGAAGGAAGCACAACAAGAGCUGAACCUCCCAGAGCAUGCCAUGGUGACAGACUGCUCAACACGAUGGGGUUCCACUCAGAAAAUGAUAGCAAGAGUCCUGGAGCAGCAAAGUGCGUUGUCCAAGGUUCUCUCUACAGACCGCAAAGUGCGACACCUACUCCCUUCAUGGCAGGACCUGGAGGUCUUGGAAUCUGUAAACAAGGCACUAAGCCCACUCCAGGACUUUACAGAUGCCUUAUCUGGUGAGAGUUAUGUGAGCAUAUCUUGUGUGAAACCUGCUCUGCAUCUUCUGAACACCUCAGUGCUGGCUGAAGACGAAGCAGACACUGAACUGACCAAAUCACUGAAAACAAAAAUCCUUAGCUACCUCAACAACAAAUAUGAAGGCACACAGGACUUGCUAAACUUCACCACUUUCCUAGACCCAAGGUUCAGAACUCAAUACAUCUGUGAAGAGGAGAUCCAGACCUUGAAGGAACGAGCCAUCUCUGAAUUGAUAGUGAGUAAAACCAGAGUUUACCUAACUGGUAAGAAUUCAAUCUAACAAAUUUCUAAAACAUGCAUUUUUUUUAAUAUUUGUUUCAGGAAAUUCACCAGCAGCAGUCUGUUGCCCAAAGCACUGCAGUGAUGGAGAAUGAUAGCCUGGAUGUGGAAAGUCCACCUGCUGCUAAAGCCAAGAAGAAAACUCUGGCCAGUUUCUUCAAGGAAACCACAUGCACAGCACCAAGAACAUCAUUGUCAUCCACAUUUGAUUCCAUGGCACAGUUUAGAGAAGCAGUGACCGCUGAACUCAAUGCUUACAUUUACAUGCCAUGUGUAGACCAUGGAGAAGAUCCACUGAAAUGGUGGAAGUUUCACAAAGUAAACUUCCCUAGGCUAUGCAAACUAGCACAGAAAUAUCUGGGCAUACAA